AUGCUGCUGGCAUGGCUUCUUGUGCUGCUUGGUCUCAUGUCGCUGUGGGUGCAGUUGGCCACACAUGAACAGGCAGGUCUGAGCUUCGUCCCGCGACUAGAGCGGCUCCCACGCGUCCUGGAAUUGGAAAGAAGGCGCCCGGCAAAUCUUGGAUGCAGAGAAUGCCUCAGAGGCCGGCUUGUUGUCCGUCGCGCUUCACCCACGAUUGGGAUGAAGCUGCGAUUCGCGCAGGGUGCCUUGCUUCGUUGGUGGCGUGGCUCCGUCGGGGCCCAGAUAUUGUCGGACGUUGAUGACACGAUCAAGUGCUCUGGAGGGCCGCGUGGCGGCGGCAUCGACGAGCGCGGCUAUCGGAAGGAGAUCUAUCCGGGGGCUGUGCAGUUCAUGCUCGAGAUCGCACGUGGCCGCGCAGCGGGCACCUUCACCAAAGACAGGCCUCCUCCCAACGUUCGGCUUUUGUCGGCACGGCCAGAAAAGCUUGGCUUCUUGCGCAUGAAGCCCACCAGUAAGGUUGCACGGGAGUUCCAGCGCGUCGCCAAGGCCAACGAGCUGCCAAGCUGGGGCAUUGACUUCCAAGGCUCCAAGUAUGGCCGCAUCCGCGACGUGUUCCCCGCGCUGCUGGGGGACUUCCGACCCUUCGGGCGAACGAAACUGCGCAACUGGGAGGAAGUCUUGGGCAACGACGUUGGCCAACAAAAGGCGGUCUUCUUGGGUGACAAUGGCCAAGGUGACGUUCAGGCUGCCCGCGACAUGGCCAUGUUUGGCCCACCCUUUGUGGCAGCCUUCAUUCAUCAAGUCGCGGAGAGAAAGGCAGUGGACCAUCCGCGCAUUCGCUAUUUCCAUGGUUACCUGGAAGCUUCCAAGAUAGCCCUUCAAAUCCGGCUCAUUUCUCCAUCUGGGCACUGCCGAGUUGGCCGGGACGUGAACGCUUCCAACCUGGCGCGCCUGUGCAGGCUGCAUGCGGCCGAUCCGCAAACAUAUUCACAUUACCCCUGCGUCUCGGAGACUGGUGAUCUUCUGUGGCCUGAUGGUUCUCCAGUUCCUGAAGCCCUUGGGCUCCGUGCAGAUGAUCAAACAACACGUCUCAGAAAGUGUGGCUCAUCCAAAGCGAUGAUGCUGAUAAAUCAAGGUAACCGCUGUGCAAAGUUACUCGCCGAAUUAGAAGAAUUCAGGCGAUGGGAGCAGGGUUUCGACAAGGGAUCGCUGCAGCUUCUGCAGCCGCUGUAUCGAAUGCUCGAUCGGAAAAUGGUGCGAACGCAGAUCGCCGCCAUGGUCGCUGCACUCAAGGAGGAGCAGGCAGCCGAAGUGAAGAAGAAGGACUAUUGCAUCGAAGAGCUGCAGAAAAACAGGCUUGCCUCCGACGAUAAGAAACGAGAAGGCGACGAGUUCUCAGCUGCAGCAGAGGACUUGAAACAGAAAGUCAAGGCCCUGGAAAUGCAGACUGCAGACGUCCAGGCGCAGGUGGGCGAGCUUAAGAAGCAGCAGAAGCUGGCCGCACAAAACAGAGAGAAGGAGAAUGCCGAAUUCCAGAAAGUCGUGGAACAGCAGCGCCAAACACAGGUGCUUCUGAAAAAUGCACUCAGUGUUCUGGCUGCUUUCUACAACAAGAAGGACGAAGGUUCCUUCCUCCAAAAGGCCAAUCCCAAGGAGCCGGAGACUUUUGGUGGCCACAAGAAGAAUUCGGCCAACAACGGCGUCAUGAUGAUGCUCCAGCAGCUGAUUGCAGAUGCAAAGGAGAUGGAAGCGGAAUCCACUGCAGCCGAGCGAGAAGCUCAGAAGGACUACGAAGACUUCGGCAAGGAGACCAUUGCGGCCCUGGCCACGAAAGACAAAGAGCUUCAAGACCAGGCGGAGCAGAAAGCAAAGCUAAGCGAGAGGAUGGUGCAAGCCCGACAGUCCAAAGAAGGUGCCGAGGCCGAGGUCCAGAACCUGGCGGGUCUGAGAGAAGACCUGCACGAGACCUGUGACUUUUUAGUGGCAAACUUCGAUGCGCGUCAGAAGGCCCGAGCCGACGAGGUCGAAGCCCUCUUGGAGGCGAAGUCCAACCUUUCCGGCGCCAAGUGA